AUGGCUUCCGUACAUUCCCGGCCGUCACCAAACUCCUCAUCCUCCUACGAAUUCGAGUCUGUCCCCGACGACGAAUCAUGGCAGUACAUCGACUACACAGCAACGGGAUCUGGCCCAUCGUCCAUCGGGUUUCUUUCUGAUCCUGCCAGCGGAAGCCUUGGAAGCUUCGCCAUGGUUGGAAAUGUCCAUGGAACGCCAUCUCCAUUCAUACCAGGCAAUACACCCUCACCCUAUGCUGCCGGCAACACUCCUCCACCAUAUACCUCUGCGAACAACUCAUCACCCUUCAUGCUUGGAAACACACCUUCACCGACAGCCGCUUCUCCCCUGUUACUAGAAGAGAUGGACCCGAGCGCAUUCUUUGCCGCCAAUGCCUCUUCAUUCCAGUCUCAACCAAGCAAUACCAAUACGGACAUAUUUGCUUCCACAGCAGAUGGUGGAUUCACUCAGCCGCAAGAUUUCUUGACCCCACAGCAGUAUUUCUUCUCACAGCAAAAUACGAAUCAAUUCCAACCUCAGGGCUUGAAUGGUAUGCUGAAGCGGAGGACGGCCUCCCCCCAAGGGCAGGAUACUGAUGCUGCUGCAGACAUGGCUCUCAUGCAAAACUUCACAGCCGACAUGUUCUCGAUAGACGCGAAUGAACAGGUUCAGGUACCCCAAGUCAACUUUAACAUGCAGCAGCCGCUACAAUCGGAUCCCAAUGUUCCGCCAUGGAACCCUACCAAUACGAGGGGUAAUGAUGCUAUCUUCAUCAUGGAUGACUUCAACAACUCUCCAUCGCCCGUGAGCAAUUACUCUCCGAGCUCGAUGAACAGUUCGAAAGCAAGUCCCAGCGGUGCAAAGUCUCCGGUAUCGAUACCGAUUCGAAAGGUGAAGGUCGGAAAGGUCGAGAAGAAGAAGAAGGCAGAACAAUCUGGCAAGUUUGUCAUUGUGACUCCUAACUCCAUCUCAGCUCAUGCUGGUCGCGAAAACCCGUUCGAGUGCUUCGAAGCUAUGAACCGGACAAGUCAACGAGGACGUAAAGGACCUUUGGCAAAUGCCACAAAGGAGAAUGCGCUGCAAGUCAGAAGACAGGGUGCUUGUUUCUGCUGCCACAGUCGCAAGGUCAAAUGCGACCUGGAGCGUCCGUGCAAGAGCUGCAAGAAACUAAUGGUCCAAGUUCCUCAAGUUGUCUGCUGGCAGUUCAGUGACUUCGUAACCAUUCUAUUCCCCGUAUACAUUCGCGGUCAUCUGGAAAGCAAAGCGAUGGCCAAGUUUACUAGGGAGAACAUUGCAGGUUUCCAUAUUCAGGGGGUAGAGCAGGUGUGCUCCGUUGAACUAUUCUCGGGACCACGAUUCAGCACGGUUUUGGCCUUGCAAGCCAAAUUCUUCACCCCUACUAACGCCGAGGUGCAGAACCAUUGGCAGCUACACAACUUGGGACAGAACAAGGUUGAACUGAGGGCUAACAAGGCAGCCAACCUUGGUAUUGACCUCGAGAAGUCCGCGGAGAGGGACAAUCUCAGGAAACGGACUAAGAGAUACAUCCAAGACCUUCUGAACGAGCCAGAAUUUGUGGCUCAAGUCACGGAUAGCAUCACAAGCACAUACCUGCCGGCGAAACUGCUACGGAUCGUCAAGGAGUAUGCUGACGAGACUGAGUCCCUCAUGGUCAAGCGUGCAUUGUCGAUCUACUGCAUGCAUUACAUCAUGACAAGACAGCUGUGCCUCACUCAACAGACGACCGACUCCCUUCGAUCCGUCGGUAUGAUCGAGCAGGGCCCCAAUUAUGUCACCCCACGAGUCCUCGCACGACAGAUCAAGUCCAUCGUAGACGAGCUGAUGCAUCGCGAGGUACAAUCACUAUUUGAGCUCUUCAACCGAUCUCUCAAGCCAAAGUCCCGACGCGAGUGGGCACCCUGCACCGCCGCCUUUCUCGUCCUCUGCCUAUUCAUGGAGGCUGUAGAGACGGCAGCUGACACGUUUGUGCUCGCGCAGAACGAAAUCAACAUGAGGAACAGCGCCAGACCGGAGUACGAAAGAAGCCUUGCGCUGAAUACCUGUGCCGAGGUCGAGAACAUGCCCUUCAAGCAGUUCGCUUACCAGUUCCACCAAGUCUAUCAGACGCACAGCAAGGAGGCCAACUCGAAAGGUUUCAACCCUGUGCUUGACAUCAGCUUUGCCGAAAAGGGCGAGCUGGACGGACCGGCUGUGAGGUUCUCGGCUCAACUGCGAGAACUAUUGUUCGGCGACAGCUGGCAAGAAUUACAGUUUCUAGCAGCCACCGACAUGAUACCCAACACGUCGACUCAUCCUUUCCCUAUGGAUCCGCAGACAUUGUACACAGGGCGCCUCGUGGCCAGGUUUCUCAUAUCGUUCCAGGACGAGAGAAGCAUUUUCGAGGACCUUGUCUGA